AUGCUCUCGGCCCUGCAGACAUUUGCCCGAAUUGGUGCUGAGUCCGAAUUCUCCUCCGGCUUUGACAUCCUCGAUGCCAUGGUCGAGCAUGCACCAAAAUUGCUGAGUCCGCAUAUAAAGAGCGUCGUGCAUUUCUGCCUGGAGACGCUGGCCAGCAAGCAGCUCGAUGAUUCCAUUCGUGCGCAGGUGGUGAGCUUCGUAGGAUGCAUUGUCUGCGUGAAGAAGAAGUUGAUCGUCAAACAUAAACUUCUGCAACCCAUACUGGUCGUUGUCGUGGAGAUGAUUUGCACUGAAUCUGAUUCUGAAAGCGAUGAAGCGGAUGCACUGGAUAACUACUUCUCGGGUGCAGGCAACACUCCUGGUGCUUCGGCCACACAAGCCCUCGAACAAAUGUCUGUUCACAUAUCGUCCGAGAAGCUUCUUCACACACUAGUGCCCAUUAUCGAUCCGGCUUUUCUGAGCGGGGAUCCACUGUACCGUCGCGGCGGCUACAUGUGCCUGGCCCUCAUCUCGGAGGGGUGCUCGGAGGCCAUCAAGCGCAAUAAUCUGGAAACAAUGUUGAGCAUUAUCAUUAAGAGAGGCGUUGUCGAUAAAGAUCCUGGCGUACGUAGCGUAGCCUUCUUUGCCCUGGGUCAGUUCUCGGAGUAUAUGCAGCCGCAGAUAUCUGCAUUUGCAAUACAAAUUCUGCCGGUGCUCUUAGAUUUCCUGCAUAGUCUGGUGCUGGAGAAGGCGCUGGACCAAUCGGAGGGGCCCUGCUACAUGACGUAUGACCGAAUGUUUUAUGCUCUGGAGGUGUACUGCGAGAACCUCGAAGACAAAAUUGUGCCAUAUUUGCCAGUGCUGAUGGAGCGUCUGUUAGGUUGCAUGGACCCACGUAACAUCGUAAAAAUUCGACAGCUGGCCCUGUCCAGCAUCUCUGCGGUGGCCACCGCAUCCAAAGAGAAUUUCUUACCGUACUUUCCUACGAUUAUGGACGCUCUGAAGCAGUAUCUGGUGUAUGAGUGCUCAGAGUCGCUGAAUCCGAUACGCAUUCAGGCCAUCGAUACACUGUCCUCGAUCUCCCGCACGGUGGGCAAGGAGAAUUUCAUGCAUCUCGCCCAGGAUACAACGCAGUUUACGCUGACCAUGCUGGAGCAGGGUCCCGAUGAUCCGGAUAUGAGGCGUGCCAUCUAUAGUCUGAUUGGAGGGCUAGCUAUUGUGGUGACUGAGAAUAUGGCCACUGUGCUUCCGAAGAUCAUGGAACGGAUUCUACAGACGGUGGCCACGACAGAGCAGGACUGCAGGACUGAAAACGAACAGGAUGGUGAUGUUGAGGAUGAUGAUAAAGAUGACUCUGACGAUUAUGAGCUGCAGGUUCAAAAUGACUAUCUCUUUGAGAAGGCAGAGGCCAUAUUAACCUUGAAGGAAUUCGCUGUCAAUUCGUAUAAAUCCUUCUCGCCCUACCUCACAAGGGCACUCGAAGCAGUCUACAAGAACAUUGAUCAUGGACAGGAGGUCAUUCGCAAGGCAUCCGUCGAUGCGCUCUGCGCCUUUGUGAUUGCCCUCGAUAAUGUGCUGGACACAGAAGGCGUUUUGCGAGCCUGCGCCAUUCUCAUGCCAAAGUUUUCCAAACUCAUUCAGACUGACAAGGAACCGUGUGCUACAGAAUAA